AUGUCAGCCCCCAGUCCAUCCAACACCAACCCUCCAUCUUUCCUCCUGACGGGCAUCCCCGACCUGGAAGCUUUCCACAGGUGGAUUUCCAUCCCAUUCUGCAUCAGCUACAUCAUGGCCGUGCUGGGAAACCUCCUGGUGCUCCUGGCCGUGGUGCUGGCCAGAAACCUGCACGAGCCCAUGUUCUGUUUAUUGGCCAUCAUCGACCUCAUCCUCUCCACUGCCCUCAUUCCCAAGAUGCUGGGCCUGUUCUGGUUGGAUUUGAGGGAGAUUGGCCUUGAGGCCUGCUUCAUCCAGAUGUUCUUCACCCACACAUUCACCGCAGUGGACUCAGGGCUGUUCCUGGCCACGUCCUUGGGCUGCUAUGUGGCCAUCUGAUGCCCGCUAGCCAUCUGCCACCCACUGAGGUACAGCUCCAUCCUGAGCUGCUCGAGGGCUGUGCAGGCAGGAUUGGUGUCCCUGGCCGGGGCAGCUGGCAUCAUGAUCCCCCUGAUGUGCCUCCUCAGCAGCCUGCCCUCACUGCUGAUCCCCCACCGCUACAGCCCCAGCACGGCCACGCUGCUCGAGGGGACCGACUGUGCCCUCAUCACCCUCUCCCACUGCUGGAUCCUCAGCUCUGUGCUGGGGCUGCUGCCCCACAGCGCUCGGCUCAAGGCCCUCGGGACCUGCUGCUCCCACAUUUUCAUCAUCCUGGUCUUUACCAAGUCAGUCCUCUCCAUGUACCUGCAGAUGUUCACACCCAGCCUGGCACCCCACGUCCAAGUGCUGGGGGCCAAUUCCUGUCUGACGGUCCCUCCCAUGCUCAACGCCCUCGUUUAUGGCAUAAAGGUGAAGCAGAUCCAGGAAGGAAUCUGCAAACUGCUGGGGCAGGAGCCACGAGCUCACGAGCUGCUAAAGGUGGCUCAGAUUCUGAGAGACAGAAGAAGAUCUCUCCCAUCCCAGAACAGGUGUGAAGCUGAGUGCAGUGAAUUGUCCCCCAGGAAGGUCCAGCUCUGUCUCCAGAAAGGGAACCCAGAGCAGAUGCCUGACGCUGACACGGCGACAGCCGAAUCACAGGAAACCAACAGGUGA